AUUUUUCAGUCAGUCAGUCAGUCUCAGACAUAAAUUUGCUUCAGUCGUUCGUGUGCGAAUCGAGAAGAGAAUUUCUUAUUAAGUCGAGUGAACUCUAUGAAUAGAAGUGUUUUAUUUUGACAAACUAUUUGUUUUUGUUUAGAAGUGCUAAUAAAAUCGUAAAAAUGGUUGUUCUGGAAGGUGGUGGAUUGUUAUCCGCAGCUGGAAAUCAGUAUUUGCAACCGGAUUAUUUGAGUCCUUUGCCUACAACGUUGGACGCCAAAAAAAGCCCCCUAGCUCUCUUAGCUCAAACUUGCAGCCAAAUAGGAGCCGAUUCUCCUAACUCAGCGAAGCCACUACUUUGCACACUGGACAAAAAAAAAUCAGAUUCCCGCACCUCACCUGCGGCCAUUAAAAAUGAUAAGAACUCGAACCAUCGGACAACACCAAGUGACAACAAGCUCGCCUUCAAGCCCUACGAGAACACCGUGAUAACGAAAAAGUUGGACGAUUCACGUCCCAGCAGUCAAAAAAGUGUUGAAAACGAUAAAAAAUCGCCACACCCCAUCGGGAGUGAUCGCAAAUCAGGGUCUCCUCAUAAUAACAAUAAUAACAAUGAGUCUAACAGUUCUCCCUUAUCUGAAGGGGGUAAAUCGACACCAGAGAGCCAAACUAAGCCAUCGACCCCUUCAGCUAGCCCGAUUAUUCGUUCAGGAUUAGAAAUUUUGCAAGGCCACAAUAAAGAUACUCCGUUGGGCACCUACAAGCCACUCGCACCUGGAGGCCUUUCCAAUCCUUUAAGCUCCUUGUGCUGCCCUCCGGGGCUGGAACAUGCCAACCCAGCUUUUAGGCCACCCUUCCCUGGAGCACCCUAUUCUCAUCAUAUGAUGGGGUAUCCUGGAGCAACCCCGUAUUUAAGUUAUGCCAGAGUAAAGACUCCUUCAGGAGGUGAAGCUUUAGUCCCAGUGUGCAAGGAUCCUUACUGCACAGGGUGCCAGUUUAGUCUACAAAAUCAGCAAAUGUUAAUGAGCGGUGCCGCAGGAGGCCCUUGCCCUUCAGGUUGUACACAGUGUGAUCACCAAAAAUACAAUUUGGCAAUGGCAAUGUCACUUGGACCUCCCAGCUCCUUAGCAUAUCCUUCUCUAGGGAGGCCAUAUGUGUGUAACUGGAUCGCUGGUGAUGCUUAUUGUGGAAAAAGAUUCGUGACAUCCGAAGAACUUCUGCAACACUUAAGGACCCACACUAGUACAUCAGAUCCCGCAACGAGUAGCGCCGCCAGUCUAUUAAACCACUCGGCGUUGUUGUCAUCUGCAGCACUACAUAGAUACCCAGCAUCGGCCCCACUUAGUCCUUUAAGUGCGGCGAGGUAUCACCCUUAUGCCAAACCAGGAUUACCUACAAGUCUAGGAUCUCCUUACAGUGCUUUCAAUCCAGCCUCACUAGGACCUUACUAUUCCCCCUACGCCUUGUAUGGACAAAGAUUGGGAAGUGCGGCAGUUCAUCCAUAGUAAAUAGUGUAAAAAUGUUUGCCUUUUGAGGUUCUUUGCCUGUGAUACUUCUAAAUGUAUAGUUUGGACAGCAUUAUAUCUGGACAAACAAACAGUAUAUGUUACUUAUGUAAAUAUUUUGGAAAUUAUUGGUUAUUAUUUAAUGUGCAAUGUAUGGCAGGGUACUCUACAUCAUUGAAAAAAUGUAUGUGUAUUAAAUGUUGACUAUAUAGACACUGCCCUCAAAGAUGAAAAGCUGACUUUUAGAUUAUGAUAAUUUUAUUUUAAUUAUUAAGAAUGUUGAGUUCCAUUUGGGAUUGAAAUAAAAAUUUGUUUCGUAGUA